AUGUCUCCAGGACUGUCUGGAAUUAAAAGGCAUUUUCUCGAUAAUUUUGCAGAAAUGUUCCAGCAAGCAGGAUUUGCAGCAGUUGCCCAUGACCACAGGAACUGGGGAGAAAGUGAUGGACUUCCUCGGCAUCAUACCAAUCAUAACGAACAGAUUCAGGAUACCCAUGACGUUGAUCCGUCGCGCAUUGCAUUAUGGGGAUCAAGUUUCUCUGGAGGAAUCGUUCUCAUCGCCGGUGCGAUUGAUCCCCGUAUCAAGGCAGUGAUCGGUCAGGUGCCCUUUAUAUCGGGUAGCCAUGUUCGGAGUCGCCUACCUAAAGAACUUCUCCCUAGAAUCUACGCCGAUCGGGGAGAAACCACAUUUUUGAACCCAACAUAUAUCCCUACGUUCCCGGAGUCAUUGGAAGAAGCCCGAGCCCAGCCAGGCAAAGCCAUAAUGUCAACUGAGGAAUCCUAG